CCCUGCCCUAGCGCGGCUGUACGCGGCGCAGGCCGUGCCGGGCAGAGCCCCGCGGCGGCUCCCAGCCAGCAUCCCGGCCGGGCCCCGGCCGCCGAGCCCCGCCGUGGAGCUAGAAGAUCAAGGCUCUUGGAUCAGCAGGAGAGCUGGAAGGGGAACUCCAGGGACCUCACUGCCCUCCACGGCAGGAUUUGCAACCCUCACAGUCUGGGUCAGAGCGGUGCAGACCUCAGUGGGAGCCAGGAGCAGUCACCUGUGCUGGACCUGCUGUGCUUGUACCAUCUUAUGGUGGUGCCAGUGUGGAGCUGUGUGCCCAGGCAAGGGGAUGGACAGCAGGGCAGAGAUGGAGGUUGUGAGGAGCAGCAAGGGCAGUGCCCCCGGGGAGGUCAGCGUCCAUCUGGUCACCACCGAGAGCACUGUGCCAAGCACCCACCUGCCAGCCACUGCCUUCAUCAUACCAGCCAACGCCACUGCCAUCAACCUCCCGGCGAGCACCCUGGAGCUGCAGCGCUUCCCCCGGGAGCCGCAGCGCAGCGCAGCGGCGGAGCGGCCGGAGCGGGGCGCGGGCAGCGAGCCCAUGGCGGCGGCUGUCAUCCCGCAGCUGAGCGGGGUGCAGGCCUGCAGCACGGUGCGGCUGCUGGAGUGGAAGGAUGGGCUGGCGGCGCUGCCGGGCAGCAACCUGCGGUUCCGCAUCAAUGAGUAUGGGACGCUGAAGGUGGUGAGUGCUGACAAGAUGCCUCCGGUGGAAGCUCUAAAGGAGGCUCACACAGAGAAAGAUGGGGACUCAGAGGUGGCACCCACCAGCAGGGACAAUCCUACUGUGGCUCAGGAUGUGCCAGAGCAGACCAAGGUGCCAGCAGCAGAAGGCUUGUGCCACUGUGACACCUGUGGGCGCAGACCCGUGCUGGAUGUAGCCCGGGAGGGCAGAGGCUUCUGCAGCGAGCACUGCCACCAGCAGUUCAAAGAAAGGUCUGUCAUCGUGGAAAACUCUGCCAGCAGCACCAUUGCCCCCGAGAUCCUCAAGCCAGUGAAGAAACGGAAGAGGAAGGACUACCAGAGCCCCUCAGAGGAAGAAUAUGAGUCUGAGCAGAUGGAGGAAAAACAGGACGAGAGGAAGAACUCAGCAGGAGACUCUGCCCUCAGCAACCCGGAGCCUGACGUGUGGAACGGGAGCCAGCAUGGUGCCGGUGAGCAGAAGAAGGAAGGCUGGUCCUGGGCGUCCUACCUGGAGGAGCAGAAAGCUGUCGCUGCCCCUUUAGAUCUCUUCCAGGAUUACCAAGUAGCUUCCCAGCACAAGAAUGGCUUUAAAGUGGGCAUGAAGCUGGAGGGGAUCGACCCACAGCACCCAUCCAUGUACUUCAUCCUGACAGUGGCUGAGGUGUGCGGGUACCGGAUGCGCCUCCACUUCGACGGCUACUCCGAGUGCCAUGAUUUCUGGCUCAAUGCUGACUCCCCUGACAUCCACCCUGCUGGCUGGUUUGAAGAGACAGGCCACAAGCUCCAGCCCCCAAAAGGGGUUGUAGGUUAUAAGGAGGAAGAAUUCAGCUGGACAAACUACCUGAAGAUCACAAAGGCUCAGGCAGCUCCAAAGCAUCUCUUCGUGGUCCGAAACACGCAUGAGGCUUCCCCAGGCUUCAAGGUGGGCAUGAAGCUGGAAGCAGUGGACCGCAUGAACCCCUCUCUGAUCUGCGUGGCCACGGUGACAGACGUGGUGGACAGUCGCUUCCUGGUGCACUUCGACAACUGGGACGACACUUACGACUACUGGUGUGACCCCAGCAGCCCAUACAUCCACCCAGUGGGAUGGUGUCAGGAGCAUGGCAAACCCCUCACACCUCCCCAAGAUUAUCCUGACCCUGACAACUUCACCUGGGAGAAGUACUUGAAAGAGACAGGAGCAGCUGCUGUCCCAGCUUGGGCCUUCAAAGUGCGCCCUCCCCAUGGCUUCCUGGUCAACAUGAAGCUGGAGGCAGUGGACAGGAGGACUCCUUCCUUCAUCCGAGUGGCCAGCGUGGAGGAUGUGGAAGACCACAGGAUAAAGAUCCAUUUCGAUGGCUGGAGCCACAUCUAUGACUUCUGGAUCGACGUGGACCACCCAGACAUCCACCCCAUAGGCUGGUGCUCCAAGACUGGGCACCCUCUGCAGCCUCCUCUCAGGCCGAAGGAAGCAGCCUCCUCUGCCCAUGGGGGCUGCCCCACGCUGGGCUGCAAGAGCAUCCCUCACACCAAGAGCUCCAAGUACAGCUUCCACCACAGGAAGUGCCCCACGCCGGGCUGCGACGGGUCGGGACACGUCACGGGCAGGUUCACAGCCCAUUACUGCCUCUCAGGGUGCCCCCUGGCAGAGAAGAACCAGAACAGGCUCAAGGCUGAGCUGUCCGACACCGAAGCCUCGGCUCGCAAGAGGAACCUGAUGGGCUUCCCGCAGAGGAAGAAGUCUCGGCACCACGGGAGAGGGAGACCCCCAAAGUACCGGAAGAUCCAGCAGGAAGACUUCCAGACCAUUUCUUCAGACAACAUGCACCAGUCCCUCUUCAUGUCUGCCCUCUCUGCCCACCCCGACCGCUCCCUGGCGCUCUGCUGGGAGCAGCACUGCAAGCUGCUGCCAGGCGUGGCUGGCAUCACGGCAACUACGGUGGCCAAGUGGACCAUCGACGAGGUCUUCACCUUUGUUCAGACCCUGACUGGGUGUGAGGACCAAGCCAAGCUCUUCAAGGAUGAGAUGAUCGAUGGUGAAGCCUUCCUGCUGCUGACCCAGGCAGACAUCGUCAAGAUCAUGAGCGUCAAGCUGGGCCCCGCCCUCAAGAUCUACAAUGCCAUCCUCAUGUUCAAGAACGCCGACGACUCCUUGAAGUGACUGCUGCUGGCCUGAGCAGGAUCCUCCCUCAGCCCCGCUGCUGCCAACCGCUCUGCUCAGGACAGAGGUUCCCCUCGACCGGCUGCAGCUUCUCAUGUCCUGCUCCUGCCCUUCCGGAUGCCACAGCUCUGCUCUCCUGCCCUCUGCGCUCCAUGCUGCCCUCCUCCUCCAGCGCUGGGCGCCAGGCUGCCCCCGAGCCUCAGGGGCAGCUGGAGGGUGGGCAUGGGCAUGCCCUGCCCCCCGGGGGCUGCUGUGACCGCAGCCAUUCGGGGCUGAGUCUGGGGCCGUGGGAGCAGUGUGGAGGAUGCUGUAAGGCAGCAGAGGAGGGGAGGCACUGCCUGCCUGCCCCCGCUGGGAGGCUGCUCCUGGCUUUGCUCAGCAGCUCGACGAGCUCCCUCCAGGGCCCUCUGCUAACAGUGGAUGCUCUCAAGGAGCUUCUGCUCA